GUGGCAGCACCGAUUACCAGAGAAGGAAGAAAUAUAUUUUCGUUAAGAUUGCAGAAGUUCUCUCUUUGAAAGCUUAUUACGUACUAUGACAGUGCAUUAACAAUGAUAAAAGCAAUACUUGUUUUCAAUAACCAUGGAAAGCCACGAUUGAUAAAAUUCUUCCAGUAUUAUAAUGAGGAAGCGCAGCAGAACAUAGUGCGUGAGACAUUCCAGCUGGUAUCAAAACGUGAUGACAGUGUCUGCAACUUCUUGGAAGGUGGCAGUCUCAUAGGUGGUUCAGAUUACAAGUUAAUCUAUAGGCACUAUGCAACACUAUACUUUGUUUUCUGUGUUGACUCGUCCGAGAGUGAGCUGGGAAUCUUGGAUCUCAUUCAAGUGUUUGUGGAAACUUUAGACAAGUGUUUUGAAAAUGUCUGUGAAUUGGACUUAAUAUUUCAUGUAGACAAGGUGCAGUACAUUCUAUCCGAGGUUGUGAUGGGUGGGAUGGUUUUAGAGACCAACAUGAAUGAGAUAGUCACACAAAUAGAGGCCCAGAACAAGCUGGAGAAAAACGAAGCUGGUUUAUCUGCAGCACCAGCCAGAGCUGUCUCUGCAGUGAAGAACAUGAAUCUUCAGCAACAAAUCAAGGACAUAAAGCUUCCAGACCUUCCAAACCUAAGAAACCUUCAGUUCUAGCAUGUUGGACAGAGUUCGUCUGGCGGCCAUCCAUGAAUGUCUGUCAAAUUUUCUGAGACACUCCAUAGCUUUUGCUAAUAGUGCAUCAUAUUUUCUGUAAUUUUUAUUUUGUAUUUUGUUUAACAAAGUAAAUCGGUUUUUAUAUAUUCAAAUAUCAAUUCUUUAUUAUGCGGUUACUUGCAAGCUGACACAAAUACGUUGAAAGUUAAUUUUUUGUUUGAUAAAUUUGUCGUGAAAACAAAUUAAAGAUUAUUAUUUCAGAAUUAUUAAUAUUUAUAUAUAAUACUCUAGCUAGUACAGUUGGGUAGACAUUAUCCUUGCAACAAUUAAUCAGUGUUUAUCUAUACCUGGGAGCCUUACUGAUUUCUAAAUUGUGUAUAAAUAUAUUUAUUUUAAAAACUACAUCUUGUAAUUAUUGAUUGUAAUUUGGCAUAUGUGAUAUCAAGGAAUUGGGGACAUGCAAAAUUAAGUGUAAAAUUUGUGAAACUUCAAGAUGAUUUAUGGAAAGCAUCAAUCUCUGUCAUUUAUGUCCAAGUGAUAUAAUACAGUAGCAGUUUUCGUAGUUCUCUGUCGUGUCUGUAAAACGCGUGUUCACGCACUAGGCCGGUUUGAAGAAUCGUUUUGUAGGUUCUGCCUCUGGUUCUGCUUGUCACCAGGUGGGGCAGCGCCAUCUAGCGUCAAGAAUCAAUUAUGGUUUUCUGCGUAGGUUUGGCUACUCAGAAAUAGCUCUCCCAAAAUCUUAUCGUUCUGCAGGAAGGGAGGUUCAAAUGUCUGGGUUUGACCAUUGCAAUUACUCAUAAUACAUACUAUAUUCUUGCAUUAUAUCAAGAGCGUAUAAAGAAGGUAUAACCUUCUUUAUACGCUCUUGAUUAUAUUCAUGUGUCUAAGUAGGAGAUUCAAGCCAGUUUUGGAAUUUGUAGGUUCUGGAUUCUCAUCAGGAUCAGUGAUACGUCAUGUAUAGUGAUGGAUGGAUGUUGCAGUGCUUUUGAUAGAUAUGGAUGAUGUUUUGUAUUGCAUGUUGAUCAUACUAUGUGACCGGUGAUAGCGAAAUGAGUCACUUGGGGGCAAUUUUGACAUUUUAGGUUGAAUACAUAUUUAGAUACCUGAGAUUCAUAGCUUUCUAUUGUUAUAUAGAUAUGGAAAAGUGGCUGAAAAAUGAAUAUUUUAUGACCAUUAUAAAUCGAGAUAUCAUGCGAUUAAAAUUUCCUGAGAAUUGUCUAAAAUAAGGGCUGAAAACUAAUAUCAUUCACUGAUAUUAUUAGCCGACACUCCUUAUAAAUCAUUCAAUUUAAGCAGGUUUUAAUAGAAUUAAGACGUUUUUGAUUAUACAGAUUAAAAGUAAACAUUGUAGAUAAUUGUUUUGAAAAAAAAAUUUCACGAAAAUUAAAAAAAUAAUAUUUUUUUUAAAUCGAUUGUACAGUAGAAUGCUACUGUGCGACUUCCGACUCAUUUGGCUAUCACGGGUCACAUAUAUGUUUCAAUAUAUUUUAAGGUUAUUGUUAUGGUGAAAGCGUUUCUUGUCACCUAUGUUACUACAACUAUACACAUCAAUGCGUGUGCACGUGGUAGUACAUGUAUGGGUCACGUUUAUCCAUACCAUCAGUCUACUCACCGUACUUCAAUAGUACUUCUAAAACUAACUAAGAGGAUGGUCCGGCAUCCAUGGCGAGUAGAGUGAAUUUAGUUGAUCUGAUGAACGUGGUUAGCUUCACCUUGGUCGUUAUAGGUGUUAGGCAGCAAUCGUUUACAAUUAUAAAUAUCGUUUCCAAUUAAAAGGAUAAAGGAAACAUUUUACUGUUUAUACCAUUUCAUCCCCAUGUAAUGACGGUUAUCGCAUGACAUUGCACAAUUAAGUCAUGUCAUUUAGCGUGGCAGAACUAUUGUUUCUCUGUAAUCUACAAUGUAUAUCAUUAAUUCGAUCACUGAGGUGUGUAUAUUGUGAAUAGCGAAUGGCGCUAUAUGUCAUGCGUAUGUAAAAAAAAAUCCGCGUUUAUGACAUAUAAUAUAUGACAUAAAGAAUAA